AUGGUAAAAACUGCUCCACUCUAUUCAAAUUUACAAUAUAUGCCAAAUUUAAUUGAAAUUAAUUUAACUAUUGAUAAAUGUUAUGAAUCAGUUCUUAAACAUGUUUAUCAACACAUAUUUAUGUCUAAUAAUCGAUUAGAAAUUGUACGCAUAAAACGUACAGAUUAUUUUGAUUAUAAUCAAAAAACAUUUUAUUUUUAUUCAACUAAUUCAUUGUCAACAUGGUAUUCAUCUACUAUUCGUCUACUAAACAUUGAUCUAUAUGAUAGUAAAGAAAUGCUUAUUGUCAUGGAUAAUUUACCAAAAAUAGAAACAUUAUGUAUUCGAUUAGAAAGUCUACAAUUACAAGAUAAUAUAGAAUAUAAGCAAUUAUCAACAAAAGUAAAUUUUUUAACAAAAUUUUCAUUAAUUGCUAUUAUUAUUCAUUAUGCAGCAUUGACGUCAUUAAUUAAAUAUCUUGAAAAAUUAAAAUAUUUAUCAUUUUAUUCAGAUCAUGUAUGUGGUUCUCACUGUAAUGGUGAAAAUGUCUUUAAUAGAAUAAUUGAUGGUAAUAUAUUAAAAAAUGAUAUUUUAUCAAAAUUAAAACAAUUAGAAAAAUUUCAAUUUUAUAUUGGUUCAUUAUCGUAUAUUGAAAUGACUAAUGACGAUAUAAUUACAACAUUUCAAAGUGAUGAAUGGCAAAAAUGGACAAUUGGAUGUUUUACUAAUAAAUAUCGUGAAGAUUCAUCAUUAAUUAAUUAUUGUAUUUAUUCGUUACCCUAUAAUUUUCAAUUAGUUGAUUCAAUGUCAAAAGGUUUUCUAAGUAGAACAACGAAUAAGACUACAAGUGUCUCUACAUGGAACAAUGUUUAUUUAAUGAAUUUGAAUCGACCAUUAUCUCUGACAUUGAUGCAAUCAAUUAAUGAAACAUUUCCUCUUUUAAAUGAACUGUGCAUUGAGCAUUUCGCUGAAUUAGAUGAUGAUCUUCUGACAAAUAAAGAAUUAAUAAUGCCAAAAAUUCAUACCAUUCAAAUUGAAUGUGCAAGUAUCAAUUAUGAUGUACGAAAUAUUAAAUGUUUUUUACAAUUAUCAUCUAAUUUAAGAACAUUAAUAAUUCUUAAUAAUUUUUUAUAUAAAUUAUUGAAUGAUAUUGAACUUCAUUCAGUUUUUAAUCGUAUUCAAUAUUUAAAUAUUAUCGAUACGUUUGAUUUAAAUUAUUUACACAAAUUAUUGAUAUGUUUUACUAGUGUCAAAACAUUAAAACUACAAUUAAAUCGUAAUGAUCCUAUUGUAAAAUCAAUUAAACAGAUUAU